AUGGCAGAUCUAGCAAAAUCUACGGACGGGCCAGAGCCAUAUAGCGAGGAGGGCUACGACGCAUCGCUCCUCCCAGAUUUCGAGCACGAAUUCCUAUCGUACGAAGAUGUAAUCGCAUUCGCCAACGCACUCUCCGCACCAGAACAAAGUCCCAGCACCGAUGACCUCCCCAGCACUGCCAACAGUGAUUUAAAGAGUCCCGAUGGAACACGCAGACCUAGUAUCGCCAGUAUUGUCACGGAUGCCCAUAGCGAGCGGUACGGCGACACGAACCGAAACCCGAAUCGACGGGAAAGCAUCUUCAUCACGGCGCAGAAUGAUUGGGCGCCUGUCAACCCUCCACGGCGGAAUUGGAGGAGGAGUAAAGAGAAGAAUGAGGGGAAGGCGAAGGUCAGACGGCGGAAGCCGAGGAGGAGUAGGGAUGAGACGAGGGAGGGGUAUCUGUAUGCGUUGCUGAAAUGGCCCUUUCUGUUGAUUGUUGGGGCUUGGGUUGUUGGCCUGGCAAUCAGUUACCUGGCUACGAGGACGUAUAUAUGGCUCUAUGAGCAUUUUGUUGCGUGGCGUGGAACGAGAGAACGGCUGAGAAAGAGGUUGCAGGAGGCGGAGAAUUAUAAUGAUUGGGUACGCAGAGCGAAGGACUUGGAUCGGUAUCUUGGAAAUGAUAAGUGGAGGGAGGAUGAUACUUUUGCAUAUUAUGAUAGUAAGACUGUGAAGCGGGUGGUUGAUCAGUUGAAGAAGAUAAGUAGAAGGGUUGUUAGUGAUCUAGAUGGGAGAGAGAGAGGAGGUGCAACAUCAGGAGUGUCAAAGAAGAAGGCGAUUGAUGAUUUGAAGAUUUUGGUGGAAGCAUGUGUGAAGAGCAAUUUUGUGGGCAUUGAGAACUCAAGGCUGUAUUCUCAGACUUAUUAUGGGACGAAGAAUCUGGUUCAGCAGUUCAUUGAUGAAGUCGAGAAAGCCGUUCAGCUACUUGUUGAAACCACUCUGCUAACUGUUGAGGAGAAGCGAACGCUCUUCAAGCGUGUGCAUACCAAUUUUGGUCGCACAGCACUCUGCCUCUCAGGUGGCGCUUCAUUUGCAUACUACCAUUUCGGAGUAGUAAAAGCUCUUCUCGACGCCGAUUUACUCCCAGAAGUCAUCACAGGCACUUCUGGUGGAGCACUUGUUGCUGCAUUGGUCGCCACUCGAACUAAUGACGAACUGAAGAAACUUCUUGUUCCAGCACUAGCAGGUCGAAUCAAUGCUUGUUCGGAACCAUUUAGGGUCUGGGGACCUCGAUGGUGGAAGACUGGUGCUCGCUUCGAUUCUUUGGAGUGGGCUAAGAAAUGUAGUUGGUUUAGUCGAGGAAGUAUGACUUUCAAGGAAGCAUAUGAGAGGACAGGGAGGAUCUUGAAUAUUUCUUGUGUCCCGGCUGAUCCUCACUCUCCAACUAUUCUCACCAACUACCUGACAGCUCCUGACUGUGUAAUUUGGUCAGCUGUUCUAGCUUCCGCCGCUGUACCUGGCAUUCUAAACCCAGUCGUCCUAAUGAUGAAGACUUCUACUGGCACAAUAGUACCCUACUCAUUCGGCCACAAAUGGAAAGACGGCUCCCUCCGAACCGACAUUCCCCUCAAAGCCCUCAACCUCCACUUCAACGUCAACUUCAGCAUCGUCUCCCAAGUCAACCCCCACAUCAACCUCUUCUUCUUCUCCUCUCGCGGCUCCGUUGGCCAACCCGUCACCCACCGUCGUGGCCGCGGCUGGCGGGGCGGCUUCCUCGGCUCCGCCACCGAACAAUACCUCAAACUCGACCUCAACAAAUGGCUCAAAGUCCUCCGCCAUCUCGAGCUCCUCCCUCGCCCUCUCGGGCAAGACUGGUCCGAGAUCUGGCUCCAGCAGUUCUCAGGCACCAUCACCAUCUGGCCACGCUCCGUCAUCAGCGAUUUCUGGCGUAUCCUCUCGGAUCCGAACCCGAAACAGCUGGCGCGGAUGCUGCAUGUUGGCCAGCAAUCCGCUUUUCCUAAGCUGCAAUUCCUCGCCAAUCGGAUGAAGGUUGAGAGGAUGGUUGAGAGGGGACGCAAGGAAACGCGCAUGGGUGUGCGGAGGGGCAGUAUCGAGAGUAUUAUCAGUGAGGAUGAUAUUCGAAGUCUUUUGCGCAAGAGCGAGGACGGGGAGACGGCGACGGGCGAGGAUAGUGAGGCGUUGACUACGGGGGAUGAGUUUGAGGAUGAGACGGCUGUGGAGACGGCGGUGGAGCAGGAGUUACUUAUGAGUAAGGUUGUUGAGGAAUAG